AUGCUGGAGAUCACCGCCGAGCGUGGCGGGAAGGCGGAGUUCACACACAGGCAUGUCCAUGUUGAGUCUCAGGUUGCGCUCUUCGCAGGCGCCGACACAACUUCCAUCGCUCUGACCAGUAUCCUCUACUACAUCCUCCAGGCCCUUCGUCUCCACCCGGGGGUCGCCUUCCAUCUCCCCCAUGUCGUACCCGCAGGCGGAACAACUAUCGCAGGUGUCUACAUACCUUCUGGAUAUCGCGUGGGUGUCAACGCAGGCGUUGUACAUUAUGACAAGGAGAUCUUUGGUUCCGACGCAGCCAAUUUCAAUCCGGAUCGCUGGCUUAAAAGUGAGAGGGCGGUGGCCAUGCGCCGAGUGAUGAUGCCGUUUUGUAUGGGGGCGAGGACUUGUAUUGGGAUGCAUACUGCUAUAUGCCAAAUAUACAAACUGAUCCCGCACAUCCUCCGCCACUUUGAGAUUCUCUUCGUCGAUCCCGAGAAACCUCUCCAAACGCGGAAUUUUUGGUUCAUGAAGCUCGUGGAUGUGAAGGUUUACUUUAGUUAUAGAAAAUUGGAUACUUAG